AUGACCGGACGAAAUUCCACAUUGCUGACAUGGAUGCUUUUUAUAUGGCUAUACUGCUCUAUAACACUCUUCUUAGGGGCACUGGCCUUCAACUGCAGCUCAUUCGUUAUUUAUUCGCCAGCUGGUGCAGACUUGCUGCGCAAAAAUUGUCCAGUUAUCACAGGCCAUGUUGCUAUUGGUCCACUCAAUGACAAUAGCACGACCCAACACAUCAAUCUGGAUGGUGUUGAGGUGAUCGAAGGCACUCUCGGGGGCUAUUGGACUAGCAUAUACGACACACUUGAUACCCAGCCCUACUUCACACUUUCUAGCUCAACUUUGACCGAAGUGGGCGCAAUCGAAUUUGGAUCAUCUCCCACGAAACUUCAGAACCUCACUCUCCCAAAUCUCAAAACUGUGGACACCGGAUUCUCACUAGGCCACGAUGCACCCGAUAUGACCUAUCUAGAUAUCGCAAACUUGGAAUCUGUCAGCUACUUCACUUUGAGUGCCCCCAAUAUCACCACUUUCCGACACAAGAGCCUACGCAAUGCGACAAGCGUCCAGGUAUACGCGACAAAAAUCGACUCGCUUGAUAUUCUAUCUGAUUCUCGCCUCAACCUCUCUGCAGUCUACAUUAGCGGGCCAUUGCCAAACCUCAACAGUCUGACCUUUGGGUUUUUAUACGUCGAUGACUUCUCCAUCUAUGCCAAUUCAUCCGUGACGUUGGGUAGCCCUUCAGCAACAAACAUGACAAUCGGAACUCUGUCUCUUGCUGGUGGUGUAUCAGAUCUCAAACGCAGCCCGAAGCUGGCGUCCCUCAAAGCCGAUUCUCUACUAUUGUCUAGCGAUAUUUCCAUUCCACAUUUAGAGAUUCCAUUCGAUGAUCUCCGCUAUCUAAAGCUUGAGCAAUUUCGGGGGACUCAUCCUGUUCAAGACAUCACUCUACCCCCACAAGCCGUGAACUGGACAGGCGGCUUCGAUGUGCAAAUUACCGGUCCACAAAACUUGAAUCUGACCUCGAUGUACCGUACAAACGACCAAAAUAAGCGCGUCCAAACCUGGUACUGGCCAACAAACAUCUCGUCGAUUUCCAUUAGCGGUUGCCUCAUCAGCAACGCAUUCUUUGAUACAUUUGUCGCACAGCAAAAUUCCUCUUUGAACAGCACUCCACCGCCAUCAGUGUUGACGAGCUUUUCGGUAUAUCCGUCCAAGAACAGUACUGAUUUCAAUUGCGCACCCUUCCAAGAGCUAUUGGACAAGGGCCGUCUACUAGGCUAUAAGUCUAAUCUUAUGUGUAGUAACUCCACAAAAUCCAGUGGCAGUACUUUGAUUGAUACACCAAGCCCGCUUCGUCUUGCUGGAGUCGCCGCUCUCGGCGCAGCUAUGUGGAUGGUAUGA